CGUUGUGAAGGAAAACAUUGAAAAACUCCGGUUCGAGUGGCUGUUAUUAUCCCAUCGCAGAAGCAAUAGGAACUAAUACACGGCUACCGAUGAGUGUUUAUCGCAUUGCGAAGUGCUAGCUACCACUAGCAGUUGAAGAAGUCAAGUGUGUAAAGUUGGAGAGCUCCGUCCAUUUGUGUUUAGUUGACUUGACGUUCUACCAAGGAACGGAAUACGGUAUCUACGAUUUUAGAGUUUAAAUCCUGCAUAAUGCGAACCGAAGCAAUAUUAAUAGCCCUAACAGGGUUAAUAUCAGUAGUCGUAACAAGCACACUGGUUGGAAAACAACCUGCAAGCUUGCUACAACCCACGGCAACGCUGGCGAAAAGUGACUCAUUGAACAUAAGUCAAACGGUGCAGGAAACCCGUUUCCAGCGUAUGCAAAGCUACUGUAGCUCAUCCAUUACCGAUGCCGGUUGCUUUGCGUACAAAAAAAUGAUGGAAGUUGCGAGUCGGUACAAAGUAACCGAGAUAGAGCACAUAAUUGAGCAAGAACUAUCGCACAACCUGUCCGAGCCUGAGGAUGAUGAAUUUUGCAGCGAUCUAUCGAAAACGGUGAAACGAUUGCCUGCGAGUCUAUUUUCUCGCUCAUUGGAGCCAUUCAAAAGAACUCCCUCCUGCGUUGGGUUGUGCUAUACGAUAGAGAACGUAUUGGCCGAUGUAUGCAGAGCGCUGUUUUCUGGAUAUAAACUGCUAUUGCAAUCGGUUGGCAAAGAAGAAAACAAACAUCAGCCUAUGGAAGCUCUAGCUGGCAAUAAACCAGAUAGCUUAACAAACCGAUCCGAUUUCGCCAAGAUUGUUCCAGCCAUGGUUGAAAUAAAAAAGCCAACCACUGAGGAAAUCAAAGAUAAGGUUCCGUUCCCAAUUAUCAACAAUACACGGACAACAAUAAAAAAGGACAACACGGAUAAAAAUGCUAAUGCUGCGGUCACACUUGCUCCGUCAUCCAGAGACAUCAGCCAAGCAAACAAGCCGAAAUCAGAUGUUAAACCAGUUGCCGUUGGAGAACCUGUUUCGGGGGCAAAAAUCCAUGAAAAAGCACCAAAUGCAGCGGAACACAUUCCGGAGCAGUCGCAAGAUGCAGCUUUGCCGGAUAAGAACGAGGGCAAUAUGGAUCAGCAACAGGGUGAAAUAGAUGAUGCCGGAGGCGAUAUGGCACCGUUUGACGAAGAACCGAAGCAAACGGGGAAUCAGGAUGCUAAAAGUGCUACCCAAGCGGGUUACGAUAAUUCGGACGAAUCCGAUGGCAUAGCUUCGGCAGAGGACGUCAACGAAAAUGGAGAUGAUCUGGAGUUGAGCGGUAUCCAACCAGUUGGAAAGCAACCAGCGGCACCGGAAAAGGCAAAACAGGAUGAGUUUGCGGAAAGUUCGAAGGCAAGCGAUAUCGUUUCUGGUAGCGAUCCGUUUUACGAUCAAAAGGAUUCGAACUUUUUCUCCUAUUUCCUGUUCGCCAUGUUCAGUUGCGCCAUGCUUUACGUGGCAUAUCACAACAAAUCGAAACUGUUGGCAUUGGUCGUUGAGGGUCGCCGGACGAGCAGCGGGCGAGGUGGGUUCAGUAAAGGCCGCAAACAUACGGCUGCCUAUCGGAAGUUGGACUCAAACCUGGAGGAAGCGAUCACAUCAGGCAGCGGUACGGGGGGACAUUCUUCGUCACAGAUUAUCUACUGAGCAUUGUACACCGUGUGAGUUACGUUUCGUCGGUAGUUUCAUACGUUUGUUUCAUCACGCCGCAUCCUCUCAUCCGUCUGAGAGAAAAAGGCUUUUGUAAAUAUCUUCCAUUCGUCGUUCCUUACUUUUGAGUAGACGCCAAACUGACUUAUUUCUGACGCCUUAAUAGUACGCCCGCCUGCACGUUCGCUACGCCUGUAGCGGAAACGAUUUUCAAGUGAUGAAUAUCGCCCUGUAUCUUCGCCUUUCACCCCAACACGGUUGAUUUCGAUUAGUUCCCUAUGUUAGCCAAUUCUACAAAAGAGUAGAAUUCACUUGAAGCAAAUUAUGUACGAUUUUUUUACUCCGAUAGUAAUAAAGAACAAAAAAAACUGUAAAA